AUGGCGUGGUUGAUUAACUCAAUGGAGAUGCAUAUCCACCGCACCUAUUUGUUUCUUUGCACUGCCAAGGCCAUAUGGGACGAUGUCAUAGAGAAUUUUUCGGAUCUCAAAAUUGCCUUCCAGGUUUUCGAGAUAAAGAAUAAACUCAAGGAUAGUAGGCAAGGGAAUUUGGAUAUCACUCAAUAUUACAACGUGUUGCAGACUCUAUGGCUAGAAUUGGAUAUGCACUAUGAGGCGGACUGGGGUGACCUUGAAGGCAACGUAAAGUUUAAAAGACAUCUAGAAAAGGAACGGUUGUAUGAUUUUCUAGCUGGGCUCAACAAAGAACUUGAUGAGGAGCAGGGAUCGGAGAAGAUGAUUGGCAUUGCUAAGGAUGAUGACAGACUCUACUACUUUGAGAAUGAUGAACAUGUGGAUAAACAGGCUACAAUAGCUCAGAAUAUUUCUUCUACUUCCAAUAAAGAUGUAAUGAUGUAG